AUGCCACCAAAACGCAGGAAGGAAGGAUCUUCACGCCCGCACGAGAUCAAUUUGGUGAGUUUGAAAAAAAAAACGUUUUUCUUACUAGACGAAUAGAGGCUUUGGGUGUGUCUAUGCGAGAUUUUCUCUUGUGUCCCAUCGUGCUUUACAAAAGGAGUGUUAGAAUCUCGGGUUACUGUAGAAUAACAAUUGAGCUCACACUUUUUAUGUCAAACUUCAGUCCUCUUGGGUAAUUGAGUGGAUGAAUAGGAAGAGUCUCAGGAGUACUGUACCUACAGUAACCUCUGAUUAUCAAGCCUUUUAUAACUCUGAUUAAACGACCGGAAAACUCUGGGACAAGACAAUCCUGACAAAUCCUCAAAACUGAAUGAAAUUGCGUCGCUUGGCGCCCCCUUUUGCACGUCAAAGGCGUCAGUCGUGGUGGCUUGGCGCGUAUCCGGUUACUUCAGUUCAUCUUGUACUUGACGUGUCUCUAUGCCGCGUCCAAAGUUUCGGAAAAGCCGCAAAUCUCGCGGAUUUUGCAUUCCGUUAUUUUGAGCGCUCGUUGGGGUACGUGCGAUUUUUUUGAAAAAAGUUAUGGACUGGAGGGGGCUUCUUAAUGUGGCGUCCAAAGUUUAAAAAAACCCGCAAAUCUCGUGAAUUCUGCAGUCCAAAGUCAGCAGAAAUUUGAGGGAAAUCCGUGGUGCGCUCAGCUGAACGAAUGUUACCGUACACCAUAAAACUACGGUUUUUUUUUUGAAAAAAUUUAAAUUUCUCGAGAAUAUUUGAAAUGUUUCAUAUUUCUUGAGUGAAUUUUCAAAAAAUACCGUAGUUUUAUGGUGUACGGUAACACUCGUUCAGCUGUGCGCACCCCGGAUUUCCAGCAAAUUUCUGCCGACUUUGGACUGCAAAAUCCGCGAGAUUUGCGGGUUUUCCGAGACUUUGGACGUGUCUCUAGACUUUGGGGAACGGAUCGUUUGCAGCCACCCGACAAAUUGUUUAAAACUUUGCGAAUUGCAGGACAGCGACUCGGACUCGGACGCGGACAAUGUGGUCCUUGUGGGCGAGCACCGCGGUCCCUCGAGACGCCGUGAAUGGUACAACAUUUUCGGAGGCCAACGGAACGGACACGACAAUGUUGUGGGAAAUAACGCCGUUGAGCAGGGUAACUGAAGAAAUAUGCAACAUUCUCUUUCAAAAACUGAAUUUCCGUUCAUUUCAGAAAUCAAAAAAGAAGACGAUCCUGACAUUCAACUCAUCAGCGGUGAGUUUCAUUUAAUUGAAAACCCAUUGAAACACAAUUGUUUUUGCAGUCACCGAAGGUCCACUUCGUCCGCCUCCCGGUAAGAAUUCUCUUUCAAAUUUAGACAAAAUUCUAAAAAAUUUUCAAACUUUGCAGUCCCGGUAGCUCCAUUUCGUCAUCGUGCUCCCAGUAAGAAUUAUCGUUUUUUUAGUAAAAAUUAGAGAAGAGGGGCUCUGGGUGAGAAAUAGCAUGGAGAAACGAGAGAGUGCGAGAGAAACGAGAGAGAGAGACAGCGAGCGGAAUUCCGCUUUCCGCCUUCCGCAAAAAACAUAAUAUUUAUUUUUUUUCUUAAAAUAUACUGCUCGUUUUUUCAUUAAAAAUCUCAGAAAUGAGUGUCUGGGUGUUCACCACAAGUAUAUACGGCUUUUUGAAGAUUCUCUCUUUGAUUUUCUGUCCAAAAACUGACUUUGACGCCAAAAAUUCAAUAGCAGCUUCCGCCUUUUCAAAAAAUCGAUUCCGCUCAACUCUGGCGCUAAGUCAUCCGUUCUCUGUCGGCAAACAUGAACGGCGAUGAUCAAAUUUGUCUGUUUUUUCCAUGCUCUGUCUCUGAUGGACUUAUUCAGUCGGCUAAAAAACUAGUUUCUUACCCAAAAAAUUCUAUUCAAAUGAGGAAAAAACUUGAGAAAAAAAAUGUUUUUUCCUUCUGUUCGUUGCGAGACCCUCGCUAUAAAGGCAUGCGCCUUUAAACAAUUUAAAUGACCGCCCCAAAAAUUAACUGUAUUUGUCUGGAGGACAUUUGAAUUAUUUUUUAAAGGCGCAUGACUUCAUAGCGCGGGUCUCGCAACGAACAGCAAGAAAAAUCCUCUUCCUCGGGGUUUUUUCCCAGUUUUUUCCUCUUUUGAAUUGGGUUUUUUUUCAGUAAAAAACCAGUUUUUUACCCAACUGAAUAGGUCCAUGACCGUCUCUCGUCGUUUCGUCACCCAGCGCCCCGCGUAACUCUCCACAAUUAACGUUUUUGUAAUUUUCAGAAGAAGAGCUAUUCUACAAUCUGACAAGUCAACAAGGAAGUGAGUGAAAUUAAGACGAAUUAAUUAUUCAUAGGAAUGAUUCGUUUAAUCCCAUAUUAUAGCCAUUAAGGACGUUGGGAGCCGGACCUCGUUUCAUUUUUGCGUACCAGUGCCAUGGUUAUAAUAUGGGAUCUUAAACAAAGUUAAAAUCAAUUCAAUUUUGCUUGCAGAUCAUGCGAAUCGAGCUCCACCGGCAGGUAAUUGAAGUUAAACGAGUGGUGCACAUUUUCUGAAAUCAACUUCCAAGCGUCCCUUCUUCCAUCAAAAUAUAUUGAUUUCAAAGCGCAUUCCAUCAUUCCUUUAAAACAAUAAUAAUUGCAGAACAAGCAGCAGCUCGAUCAGCUCCGCCACAAACAGGUAAAUAAAUUAAAUAAAUUAUUGAUUAUUAAGCGACUUGAUUGAAAUUCUCAGACCACGAACGAGUUCGAGCGCAGCAAAGUCGAGUGUUCCAGAGUAUUCUUCACGACAUUGAAAGCAGUACGUUCAAUACAAUAAAAAAAUGACCUUAAAAACGUGUUUUGCAGAUGCGAGAACUCGUGGUCGAAUGAGUAGUUCACGCUCAGUAGACACCGAAUCUCAGCGAGGUAAAUCUACAGAAAACGUUGUUAUUAUACACUUUGGAGAAACAUUUCAGAUAUGAUAGAACUUCGAGCUCACCGCAGUCGGCUGGCACAAAUUAUGAAUAAUGUAGAAGGCGAAGAGGGUAAGCAAUGUGAUAAUUGCGUUGACGACAAAAUUUAUUUUCAGGUUUGAGAUUUCCGAAUCGGCCAGCUGGUAACUUUUGGUUAAAAGAAGAGUUUUGUAAGUGCAUGUUUUUUCAGAACGUCGAGAAGGUCAAUCGGUUCCGCCUCAACUAGGUAAAUGAAGAAAAAUUGAAUUUACGAGCAGAAAUACAGGGUGGCCCAUAAGUAGCACUGCCGCUGUGCCAAAACAUUCUUAUGCUUGAGCCAACUGUGCUGAAACACCGAGAACAGUCUGAUAUUUGAGAUAUUGGAGUCAGUAGAGCUUCUAAUCAAAACGGACUAUACUUAUGGGCCAGCCUGUACUAUUUCUUAGAUUUCGGUAAUCGAGCUCGACCAAAUGGCCGGCCAGGUAAAAAAUAACACUUUUUAAAGCCUCAUAUCUCAAAAACCAUUGAUUAUUUCAAAAAGUUGUCAAUUGCAAAAAUGUUGCAAAUUUUACGCUCUACAACUUUGCAAUUGGCAAUUUCUUUCCAAAACGCUUUGUUCUCAAGUCGUAGACGUUUUCCUAGACGGCACAAACCCAUUGCAGCUCGUCGUUUCGUUCGUCCCAAUUUCUCAUUCAAUCCGAUUCCGUUUCCGCAGCCAGCAUACCAUCCAUCUAAUUGUGACUCCCAAACUGUCUCAUUUUGUUAAUACACACUUUUUUCAGCUCCAUUCCGUCACCGCCCACAACGUCAUCCGUACCUUAAUAGUAAGUUCGUUUUCUUACAGUUCUCACACUCUGCAUCCUCAUAAUUUCUGUCAUUGCGACGAUUUUUUGAAUGCAGGGCUCGGCAAUUAGUCAAAAAGCCCGGGCUUUCGGGCUCUGAUCCACAUAUAUCUCGGGACCAGAUGAUCCGAUCGUGUUGAAACUUGGUCCCAAUGGUCAUCAAUCCAUGUCCAAGCUGUCCAAGUGGUUCAAAAGUCCAGCUUGGCCAAUUGCCCAGCGCUGUUUAAGUGAACAAACUGAUAAUUUGUGUUCCCAAGUUUCCAGCUCCUCCGGCAUUCGGAAUGGCCUCGUUUCAUCAUCCCGUUUUCAGUGCGCUCCCCCCUAAUCCGUCGAGAGGUCGCUCACACUUAAAAUCAUUAUUUUUCCAAUCAACAUUUUGUUUCAGAAUGUGCGAGACCAGUUCCACCAGCCGAUCCUCGUAAGUUUGAAACAUGAAUUUCCAAAAGAUUUGCAUCUUCAGCGGCUGCGCGAGUUCCAACGGUUGCAGCGGCUCCAGCCGAUCCGCCAGCCAGUAAUUAUUCAUCUAAAUGUUUUGCAAGUUUAUCUGACACUUUUUCAGACGUCCCGAUUCCCGCUGCAGUGGCUCCGGCGGCUCCAAGUGCUCCAGUCGGAAAUUCGUCGAGCAUUCGAAUUUGUACGCACUUUUCCCGUGUUCUCCAGAUGAUUUUUUUUGACGCGAAUCGUGUGGAGAAUAUGACAAGAACUGUUUCAGUGAUCAACGAGGGCGUCGUGAGCAUCGAAGGCCAAGGACCCGACGAUGAGAUUGUGGUGAACGGCGUCGGCACCGACAAUAUCCGUUUGUCGAUCAGAAAGAGACGCAGAGGUAUCGGAUAUUGUAGAUUCGAGUUGUUGAAAUUGAUCCGUUUUAUUUUCAGAAGGACAAUAG